UGUACUUUAGUCGAAACAAUUUUCUGAAGCUUCUGAGAAAAAAUGCACGUAGUUAAGUUUUCUUUAAUUUAGCGAGGUGCUAUCUUGCGCUAUAUUUUCCUUUUUUUAAAUUCUAAGUUAAUUUUUCGCCGAUUUAUAGUUUCUGAAUUCGCUUCGAACGGACAGAGAUGCUGUCGUGUAGCGUAUUUUAAAUCAGCACCACAGACGCAGCAGCAGUUCAACCUCUUCGGCAACAUGCGGCCUGUAACCUUACUUCUCUAUGUAGUUUCCAUCUCUAGAGAUACGCAAUCGGUUACGUGGAAUUGGGAGCAAUGGUGGACAUAUGCUGGAAUAUCUGGUCCCGAUUUCUGGGGUCUCAUCAACCCUGACUGGAGUUUGUGCAGCCGCGGCCGACGUCAGAGUCCAAUAGACAUCGACCCUGCCAGGCUAUUGUACGACCCCAACCUGCGACAUCUACACAUCGAUAAACAUAAAGUGAGCUGCACGGUAGAGAACACCGGUCAUAGCGUGGUGGUGUCACUAGACUCCAGCAAGCCACCACUGAACGUCACGGGCGGCCCUCUGUCCUACCGCUACCAACUCACGGAAAUUCACCUGCACUACGGCGCGUCGGACCAGCUCGGCUCCGAACACACCGUCAGCGGCAGGGCAUUUCCCGCAGAGUUACAGCUACUCGGCUUCAACUCUCAGCUGUACUCCAAUUUUUCACAAGCUCUUGACAAAGCUUAUGGCAUUGUUGGCAUCUCGGUGUUAGUUCAGCUGGGAGAAAAUUCAAGUCCAUGGUUGAGUCUCCUAACAGAAGGUGUCGAAAAUAUUAAAUUUGUCGGCGACUCGUUCACGAUACCACAAGUGUCGUUGCACGAGCUGCUGCCACACACCCCAUACUAUGUGACCUACGACGGCUCUACCACCAUGCCUGCGUGCCACGAGACCGUCACGUGGCUCGUGCUCAACAAACCUGUAUACAUCACCAAGCCCCAGUUGGUGGGGUUACGUCAUCUGAAGCAAGGGCUUCCAGGUGCAGCGCCGCUUGCCAACAACUUCAGACCGGCGCAGAAACUUCACCAUCGUCCUCUCAGAACCAACAUCGACUUCUCCAACGCCGGUGGCAGUUGUCCGUCCAUGCAGAGAGGACUCUACUACAAAGCUAACACCUGGCCUCUGAGUUAAUGGUGAUGAAGGUGAUGGUGACCGGUUGGGUAAACCCAAACUUCAUAUGAACUAUUAUUUAAGCCAGUGAUUAUUAAAAAAGUCAUUAUUUAAGUAUUGUUUUAAGUGUGGGCGAAUUAAUAGUUGGGUAAUCAUGUCAGUUCUCUCUGCCAGUUACCCUGACAUGUCAGUGACUGUUUUAAUUGCACUAUUAACAAUUCAGCAUUUCGGUAUGAGGUGCUGAUUACUGUCAAUGAAUUCAUCGAAAGAAUUUAAUUGCGUCCCCCCUGAAUAAUGUAUCCAGAAGUUAAAUGACGAUUCAUUGAAUGAUGAUUCAAUGAAUUAUAGAAUUAUGGUAUGAAUAGCAAAAUCUAUGAAUUGAAUUUGGUAUUAAAAUGAAUAAAUAGACUACGAGUGUAAUUCAACAGUUGUUUAUUUGUUUAUACCUAUAUGUAUCGUUAUGUAAUGCACAUAAAACCAUCACUCGCAUUUGAGUCACGAAUAAUAAAAUCAUUUAUUUAUCCAGCUAAUGAAAAAGGGCAAUCUCACUCCUUUUAGUUUUAAUUCCUUUUUGCGAAAGAAUUAUUCGUAAAUUAACAGUUGAAUUUAUUGAUUAAUUGAACCAUUGCAAAUGCCUGUUACUGAAACAUGCUACUCACCCACUGCAUACAGCGUUCAGUAAAUACGGUAUGCGGGAUAUCAGUUUAGGUUGUUCAGCGAAAACGUCCCAGUGUAAUUUAUCAUAACUGUCGUUUUGUUU